UUGUAUUUGAAAUGUUUUAUUCAAGAGCUAGAAUUAAAUUGCCAUAGUUCAUUGAAAGUUUAGUUUGACUAAAACUUGAUUUUUUUUUUCUAUUUAUAGGCCAAGCAAUGCCAUUUAUAAAUAUUAACAAUCCUGACUGUUCCUUAGUGCAUAGUUGUUUAUAAAUCAUGGGAAAGAAUGAAAUCACUGACUAAGUGAGCCAGAGCAACAGUCUUCCCUGGUAGUAAAUAGACGAGCAGUUUCUACUGACAUGUACAUUGUGGGCCUGGCCUCCAAAAGAAAUCUACCCAGAGCAAUAGUGUGGUUGUCCAGGGCUAUCGAGCCUAAUUUUUGGCUGCCUGUGUGUUAUUCUGAGUUGUAAUUUUCCAUGUCAUCUAAAUUUAUAAUAAUUCUUUAAUAUGAUAGAGUUUCAGGGAACAAACAUUCUGCUUGCUGCAUUUCUUUUGAGUGAGUAAUUCCCUGACAACUACCAGAUCUUGGCAGCAGCAAACCUGGUCGUUAGUUUUGCUCCACUCUCUGCAUGGUGAAACCUAGGAUGCUUAGCACAGUGUCUUUCAAGUCCAAGGCUGAUUUUCCUAAAGGAAAUUUGGGAGAAAAGUAAAUGAAAUACUCACAUUUAGGAGUAGAACUAAUAUAUUAUUAGGAGACUUUAAAAAUAUAUAGACGCUAGUAAUGAACUCAUUUCUUCAAAAUAAAACACCAUAUGUACUAUUUUUUCCUUUUCUCUGUGUGGCUCAAUUGUGGCUUACGUGGUUGUGUGAGUUUCCAUCAUUGAGGGAGUUAAAGUCUGUGGAAGAAAAGCGUGAGGUGCUGUAACGUGGCCAGGUCUCUGGGGAACAAGACUCAUGGAAGAAAGCAGCACGACCCGGGAGAAAUACCUAAAAAGUGUCUUACGGGAACUGGUCACUUACCUCCUUUUCCUCAUAGUCUUGUGCAUCUUGACCUAUGGCAUGAUGAGCUCCAAUGUGUACUACUACACCCGGAUGAUGUCACAGCUCUUCCUAGACACCCCCGUGUCCAAAACCGAGAAAACCAACUUUAAAACUCUGUCUUCUAUGGAAGAUUUCUGGAAGUUCACACAAGGCUCCUUAUUGGAUGGACUGUACUGGAAGAUGGAGCCCGGCAACCAAACUGAAGCUGACAACCGAAGUUUCAUUUUCUAUGAGAACCUGCUGUUAGGGGUACCACGAAUACGGCAACUCAAAGUCAGAAACGGAUCCUGUUCUAUCCCCCAGGACUUAAGAGAUGAAAUUAAAGAGUGCUAUGAUGUCUACUCUGUCAGUAGUGAAGACAGGGCUCCGUUUGGGCCACGAAAUGGAACUGCUUGGAUUUACACGAGUGAAAAAGACUUGAAUGGGAGCAGCCACUGGGGAAUAAUCGGCACUUAUAGUGGAGCUGGCUAUUACCUGGAUUUGUCAAGAACGAGAGAGGAAACAGCUGCCCAGAUCGCUAGCCUCAAGAAAAAUGUCUGGUUGGACCGAGGAACCAGGGCAACUUUUAUUGACUUUUCGGUAUACAACGCCAACAUUAACCUGUUCUGUGUGGUCAGGUUAUUGGUUGAAUUCCCAGCAACAGGCGGCGUGAUUCCAUCUUGGCAAUUUCAGCCCGUAAAGCUGAUCCACUAUGUCACAGCUUUUGAUUUCUUCCUGGCAGCCUGUGAGAUUAUCUUUUGUUUCUUUAUCCUUUACUAUGUGGUGGAAGAGAUUUUGGAAAUUCGCAUUCACAAACUGCACUAUUUCAGGAGUUUCUGGAAUUGUCUGGAUGUUGUGAUCAUUGUGCUAUCAGUAGUAGCUAUAGGAAUUAACAUACACAGAACAUCAAAUGUGGGGGUGCUACUACAGUUUCUGGAAGAUCAAAAUACUUUCCCCAACUUUGAGCAUCUGGCCUACUGGCAAAUACAGUUCAACAACGUAGCUGCUGUCACGGUGUUUUUUGUCUGGAUUAAGCUCUUCAAAUUUAUCAGUUUUAACCGGACCAUGAGCCAGCUCUCCACCACCAUGUCUCGGUGUGCCAAAGACCUGUUCGGCUUUGCUAUCAUGUUCUUCAUUAUCUUCUUAGCAUAUGCGCAGCUGGCGUACCUCGUCUUUGGCACGCAGAUCGAUGACUUCAGUACCUUCCAAGAGUGUAUCUUCACUCAAUUCCGUAUCAUUUUGGGCGAUAUCAACUUUGCAGAGAUUGAGGAAGCUAAUCGAGUUUUGGGACCAAUUUAUUUCACUACCUUUGUGUUCUUUAUGUUCUUCAUUCUUUUGAACAUGUUUUUGGCCAUUAUCAAUGAUACUUACUCUGAAGUGAAAUCUGAUUUGGCUCAGCAGAAAGCCGAAAUGGAACUCUCAGAUCUUAUCAGAAAGGGCUACCAUAAAGCUUUGGCCAAACUAAAACUGAAAAAAAAUACCGUGGAUGACAUUUCAGAGAGUCUGCGGCAAGGGGGAGGCAAGUUAAACUUCGAUGAACUUCGACAAGAUCUCAAAGGGAAGGGCCAUACUGAUGCAGAGAUUGAAGCAAUAUUCACAAAGUAUGACCAGGAUGGAGACCAAGAACUGACUGAACAUGAGCACCAGCAGAUGAGAGACGACUUGGAAAGAGAGAGGGAGGACCUGGACUUGGAUCAUAGCUCUCUACCGCGUCCCAUGAGCAGCCGGAGUUUCCCCAGAAGCCUGGAUGACUCUGAAGAGGAUGAUGAUGAAGACAGCGGACAUAUCUCCCGAAGGAGAGGAAGCAUCUCCAGUGGGGUAUCUUAUGAAGAGUUUCAAGUCCUGGUGAGGCGAGUGGACCGAAUGGAGCACUCCAUCGGCAGCAUCGUGUCCAAGAUCGACGCCGUGAUCGUGAAGCUGGAGAUCAUGGAACGGGCCAAGCUGAAGAGAAGGGAGGUGCUGGGAAGGCUGCUGGAGGGAGUGGCCGAGGAUGAAAGACUGGGUCGUGACAGUGAAAUCCACAGGGAACAGAUGGAACGGCUAGUGCGGGAGGAGUUGGAACGCUGGGAAUCUGAUGAUGCUGCUUCCCAGAUAAGUCAUGGGCUGGGCACACCAGUGGGACUAAACGGCCAGCCUCGCCCCAGAAGCUCCCGGCCAUCGUCUUCACAGUCCACAGAAGGCACGGAAGGUGGAGGUGGAAAUGGGAAUUCUAAUAUCCAUGUGUGAUCCGUGUGUGUUAGUGUGUGUGUUUCUAACAGGUGAGAGGGCAGCCGUCCUGAACUGCGCUUCACAAGAACACUAUUUAUACGCCCUGACCACCGUGGGAUACUGAUGUUUGUGACCGAUUGUUAAUCUUCUGCACUUUAAUUUAUUUCGUAUAAAAUUCACCCAUGGAUCAAAGAAGACCUUUUUUUUUUCUUUUUCUCAUCUAAGAAAUCUAGGUGUAAAUAUUGAGUACAGAAAAAGAAAUCUUUGUAAAGUAUAUGGGGUGGUAUACCGGAUGCUACCACGACUGAGUUUUCUCAGUUGACACUGAAGUGGCCUUUCAAAGCUAGAAGAGAACUGUCACAGGGCUUCUGAGUCUCCUUUCCAGUCACAAAAAUACGCAGUGUCACGUUUGUCCAGUGACAUUCCUUUCCACUCUGGCACAGCUCACGAGCUUCAUACAUCGCUUUGUUUAAGAAAGGAGACUUCUGUUUCAACUACCUUCCUGGGGUAAACUUUUCUACCUGAUAAAAUGGAAAAGAACUCCAAAUGAUAGAAUGGGUAUGUGGUCAUUAUGCUAGAAUUUGUAUGAAUGGUGACGAUGUUAAGUACUAUUCUUUUUUUUUUAAUUUUCGCUAAGUCUCUGGGAUUAACUGUUAUCACUUAAUUUUUACAUUAUUUUGGCUCUAAUCUGAAAUGAGCUGGGUAAAAUGACCAAAAAUCAAUUAUAUCAAUUAUAGGAUAAAAUGGCACAGUCCGUAACCAUAACAAGAUAAUUGCUGGAUUUUUUUUGUCACUUAAGUUUGACUUUUUCUAAUAAUUGGUUUAGUAUAAAGAUUGUCUUUCCCCUGUGGCUCCACUCAUUGGCAACUGCAUUUAAUAUUAUAACUAAUCUAUUGUAGUAAGACCAACUUACUAAGUUUUUAGUACGCACUGGAGGUUUUAACUCAAACAUGUUCGUUAUAAACAAAAUUUUAAGAAAAUGUUGAAACUCAUAGUUUUGGUCUUAUACUGCUUUAAGAAUGUAGUACUCAAGUAUUCUUGAUUCUGUAUGUCAGAACUAGAAUUUUUUUUUUUUUUGGCAGUUUUUGGCCGGGGCUGGGUUUGAACCCACCACCUCCAGCAUAUGGGGCCGGCACCCUACUCCUUUGAGCCACAGGCACCGCCCCAAGAACUAGAAUUUAUAAUCCAAAUGGAGCUCAAUCUGAUAAAAGGGAGUUUUUAAGUAUUGAAAGUUAGUAUUGAUACUCAGUAUCAAAAGGUAUCAACUUAAGUUUUAGUUAACAGUGGCUGUUUUAAUUAGGAGAGGGUCUCAAGAAAUUUAUGGAGGAAAAACUAUUUAUCAAUAAAAAUAAACAUUUUCUUUUACAAAAGUGUUAAGUAUGGUAAUUUUUUGAGGGCCAAUAGGAUAAACAUGAGAGAAGGUGGUGCUGGUGAGUAACCCUCACUUGGAGAGCUAAUAUUUAAGGGUCUUCAUGCUGUAUUUUAAAUUCACAACUUGUUUAUGUAGUUGGUAGACUAUGGCAGCCAAACCUCCAGUGAGAGCAUGAGCAAACAGGCCUUUCUCCGUUAGCUUCUAUAAAAGUGAAAUGUAUUUGGUUUCUUGAACAAUUAUUCCUCACGGCUUCAUCUCUAUCUUGACCUUUCUUGCGAAUAUGCUACAUAAAGUUCUUUAUUACUACAUGCUAACAUGUGCAUUCCAGGGAUAUUGAGUGUACAUAUUUGUGUAUGCGUUCCACGUUGUGACGUGUAAACAAACUUCAAUUUGAAGUGCAGCUAUUAUGUGGUAUCCAUAUGUAUUGACCAGGUGCCAUAGAUGAAUUAUGGUCACUGGAAAGUCUUUUUGUAAUACUUAUUAUUAUGCUGUUUUUCAUUUCACUUGUAAAAUUUUGCAGAAUUCUUUCUUUUUACUCAUAAAUUCGGUGUAUUUUUCUUCUUUAGUCAUAGAGAAUUCCUCCCUGAGCCCAUCCCUAUCAUCUUCCCCUGUGAAUGGGUAUCUGAAGAAGAUGUUUUGUAUGCAAGUCUUUCUUGGCAAUCAGGAGUCUUAUUAAUGUGUGAUGUUGAGUUCUUUACUUGUUAAUAAAGACUUGAUGUAAUA